CGCUUAGAUAAAAAGGGAGCUUGCAUAAGAAGAGAUUGACAGUUCUGGAUAUGUUCUACUGAAGAUGGCUGAAGUGGGUUUAAGAAUGUCUGGUGCCCCAUUUUCAUUUUCUUUUGGAGCUAGUGGUUUUCUUGCUGUUUAUGAAAUAGGUGUGAUCCGGGGCUUCUUGGAACAAGCCCCUGGAAUAUUGAGGUCUGCGCCAAAAAUAUAUGGAGCAUCAUCUGGCUCAAUCAUAGCAGCAGCUGUGGUGUGUGAACUUAAUCUGGAUGAUGUAAAAAGGUUUUUCUAUAGGGCUGCACAAGAUACCAGGAAACCCAUAAUUGGCCCCCUUGCCCCUGGUUGCAGUGUGCUUCGUAUCCUGCAGAGAAGACUGCACCAAAUUCUGCCUGAGAACUCUCACCAGAUGGCCACAGGGCGGCUUUAUGUUUCUCUCACCCGUUUGGUAGAUGGCCAAAAUGUUGUGGUUUCUGAGUACAGUUCCAAAGAGGAGCUUAUCCAGGCAUUGGUUUGCAGCUGCUUUAUCCCAAUCUAUGCUGGCUUCAUCCCUCCCUCCUUCCGAGGUGUGCGGUACGUUGAUGGAGGUUUCACUAACUUGCAGCCUUGUUCCGACUUGGAGACGGCCAUCACGGUGUCUCCUUUUACAGGAGAGACUGACAUCUGCCCUCGGAACUGCCCAGCAAUGUUCUACGGCUUUCAUAUCGCAAACUGCACCAUUCAGAUAUCCAUAGAGAACUUGUGCAGAAUUAGCUAUGCCAUAUUUCCACCCAACUGCCAGGUUUUGAAUGACUUUUAUUCACAAGGAUAUCUGGAUGCCCUUCUCUUCUUGCACAGAAACAAUAUUUUUGAAAUCUGCUCUCGUGCCAAAACAGUUGAAUUUCUUGGUGUCUUCAGUAAAAAAGAGUUGUUCCGUGCUGGUGAAGCGGCUUCCUGCCAACAACCAAGGGUGGACGUCCUCAGCACACCUAUCAGGACAGUUCCUAAAGACUUCCCCAAGCCCUCUAAUUGUAAGAAUGGUACAGUCCAUAGAGCAGGCAGCAGACUAUUGCCACAACUGUCCCUGCAUUGUUCAAAAGCUAUCUUACAAAUGCAGAAAACAUCCGAAUUGCUAAGUAUGGUAACAAGAUUCAUAUUGCAACAAAUUACAUCCAUUAAACUUUCUACAAGAGUGGCGUGGUCUUUCUGUAAAAGGCUGUGGCGUGUUUUGGAAGAGAUCAGCUGGCUUGGAAGACAGUUCAAAAGGUCCAAGUGAUGGUUUGUCAGAUACAACCGAAACAAAGUAUUAACAAAGCAUAUUGUUCUCUAAAGCAUGAAAGACGAUUCACAGAAGGCAGAAAGGAUCUGAAACUGCUGCAGAGAGCAUCCAGCUCUUUUGUCUUCAGGAAUGGAAAGUGUGCUGCCUGUCAAAAUUCUGCGGGUGAUAGUUUCCCCCUCCCCAAAUUAUUACAAAUGGCAUAAAAUAGUCCAUGACACCACAAAGCUCAGUAAUGAAUGGGCUCAGAGGUAUGUUG